AUUAGCGCUUGCACCUUGUACUUCGGGACUCCGGGACCCAGUUGAGAGGAGAGGGUGGGACAGUUGUGCCGGACAGAAGGGAUCGGGUACCUGUGGCCCUGGGCACCUCCCCCCGAGAGUCUCCCACAAACUUGUGCCCACACCCCGCUGCCAGGGAAGCCGCUUUCACUUUGUGAUUGAUCCCCUUGUGGCCGGUAGGGAAUGGAUAGCAAGCCCCUUCUGCAGGACAGACCCCCAGCCUACAGCCCGGCGGUACCGGGGGGCUAUGACUACGGGCAACAGAACUAUGGCACUAUUCCUGGGGCUCCGCAAACAGCUGCCCAGCCUGCCUUCCAGCCCCCUCCAUACCCUUACCCUCCUGGCGCCGGAUUUGUUCCUCCUUCCCAGCCGGCCUAUCCCAGCACUUACACCAUAAUCCAACAGCCAGCAGCAACUACAUCUGUGGUGGUAGUGGGAGGCUGCCCUGCGUGCAGAGUUGGCGUCUUGGAAGAUUCCUUCACUUGCCUGGGUCUGUUUUGUGCCAUUUUCUUCUUUCCAAUCGGGAUCCUGUUCUGCAUGGCACUGAGGCAGCGAAGAUGCCCCAACUGUGGCGCUACUUUUGGAUAAGGCCGGAGAACUUACCCCACAGAGAGGCUUUAUAUCUUGCACUUCUCCGUUCCCUUCUGUAAAUCUCCUCACCUAGGUGCACAAUCCUUCUCUUUGAUUAAAUGGCAUAUUUGUAUGGGGGUGUGUGAUAGAGUUCCUUCCUUUUCCUGGUUAUUGCUUGGGGCAUGGGGAUUGCUGUGCCAUUGUGGCGGCUGGAGGUAUAAACGCUUCCACGCUCUGGUGCCUUUACACAUUGUACAAAGCAGUUCCCUCUGUCCCCCUCCUCUGUCUACUGAUUCCAGGGACAGCCGGUCUUUGGCUCUCCGUCCGCUGCUAAACUACAACUCCCUGAUGCUGACCAGGCCAAGGAUGCUGAGAAUUGUAGUUCAGCAACAGAUGGAGAGCCAUGGACCGGUUUCCUCUCAUCUAAUGUAAAGGUGAUUAUUGUUUCAGUUACAUGGACCGAUGUUUUUUGUAUGUAAUUCUGCAAAAUGUACAAAUUUUAUAGUAAAACCAGAAAAGCACUGUGAAAAUAUUAAAGAUAAUUCUAUGA